ACUGUAAAAACGUUCCCAGUUUUUAGCCAAAAGAAAAAAAAAACUGUUGUUUUCUAGAAUAUAGAGUGGCAGGAGUUUAUUAGAAAUACACCUCUGCGUUCACCUCGUGUUUUGUCAGUGUCUAUUGUGCUAGUGUUGUUAUUGUAUCAAAAAAUGGAAGAAAACGGAUAUAAAAAAAAAUUACAAAAAAAGAAAUACACCUCUGCGUUGUGGGGGGGACUGUUUCCACAGUGUCAAUCUGCUCACAGCCUUCUGUUUACACUCUCUCCCACUAGCUUACAGCCCCUCACAACCCUAAGCUAACAUUAGCAUUGCAACAAAAAUAGUGAGUGAUAAUGGAGCUAUGGUUUUGAGCCAGAUGACGGCUUAAAAGAGGAAAACAAAGACAUUAAUGGAUCUAUUUGUCUGCAAGUGGAUACAUUUGAAUGGAGCGGAGCAGGACGCUUGUGUCUUGUGACGCCACAAGGUUUUACCAACGACAUUUAUUUCUCUGCUCCUGAUUCACAAUAUUUGAAUGAAGAAAUACUCAAAAACACUAUUUGGAGCUUAAUUUCCAUUCAUCCAUCAUUAAUAACUCAAGAUUUCCAAACUCCAUCCUCAGAGCCACCAAAAUGCAUGUGUAUUAUGUUACCUGCUGAAAUACAAUGGAUUUAGCUCAUCAUCAAGCUCUGCUGUGCAUGUAGCCCAGCAUCAAACUUUUACUGUCCAGGGUGUAUCUCACCGUUGCCCAACAGUAGCUGGUUUGGCUCCAGCAACACCAUGGAUACACCAAGUUCUUUGGAUGAUGCAUUGAGCUCUGAAGAGCCCCAAUCCUGUCAAUCUUUAGAGGCAGGUGUGUUUCAGCAAAGAAUCCUAAAAAAAAUGUGGGAUGAUGAGCCCCAACAACAAGAAUUUAGAAAUGAUUUAAUGCUGGAGAAUCCAAGAACAAUUUCCUGUUUAAUUUGUGUUACCUGAUUUAUUUUAAUGAUUUUUUUUCUAUUAAAAAGAUCAGUAAACAGAAAGAUGAUACUUGCUUUACAUUAAUGACUCUUCCAAUGUAAAAUAAUCUACAUACAUAUAUAUUUUUUGUUGGUGUUUGAUACUUUAUAUUAAUGAUUUGUUUCUAAUGUAAAAUAAUCUGUAUAUUUGUCUGAAUUUUGAUAAUAGAUCUGCAAUGACAAACUCUCAAAUAGUGUUACAUCUACUUAUGUGAUUUAUUGUUACUCGAGGAUUCAUAAUAAUCUGAAUCUAUGUUGGAAAGAUAUAAAUAAAAAAUCUUAAAUAACGAACCGGAUAAUGAUAAUACAUGAAGGAAAUGGUGUGGUUGAGCCAGGGUGGGAUUAUAUAAGUUUGUUUCCCCCUUUCAGCCAAUCUCUUAAUAUCUAGUUAUCCUGUGUUUGACAUGUUUUUUAUGGGUGUAAACUUCUGAUGAUUGAUUGUACUGCACAUGAAUUAACUUUUCUUUUUUGAUUGCUUGAAAUAAACCAUUUUUAAUCUAAUCUAAUAAUUUUAAUAGUUGAUUAGUCGACUAAUUGUGGCAGCCCUACAGAUCAGCCGAGAAGUUUUUCAAGCAAAGUAAAGAUCUCCAUCGCUGCAGAAAUGUCCCUGAAGUUUGACAUUUCGCUAGUUUAAAGCUCUGGAGCUGAACAUCACAAAAAAAAUCCUGACACUGAGCAGAAGCAAACGGGGAAGACCAGAAACAUUUGAGAGCAUGAAUGAAUUUAAAUCAGAGUCUCAAACGUGUGAUGGCCUCUGAGCGUUUACAUGACAGAUUGUAGGUUACCCGGUCAGCUCAGGUCAACAUGCCUUCGCAACAGCCCGUUUCAGUCGCUGAAACACACGAUCGUCUCAGGAGAGUCUAACAACCAUCCUGUUUUGAUGAGAGGAACCUGCCCGGCCCCUGUCCGUGAACGCAUCACGGGGCUGUUUAACAUUCUAGCCCGAACAGCGACAGCCUGUUGCGCAGGCGCAAGCCUUUCACUCCGCGUGAAAGAGAGGACGGGAGCCCUGGGGACUGGACGGACCGGACCGGACCCGCGCUGCUGAUGGACAUGGACGGACAGAACAGCAGCAUCUGCGCGCGAACGCGCAGCUGCGCCGCGCGCAGCGGGAAGAAGGAGAAGAUCCCGGACAGGGUGACCCUGAAGAAGGAGAUCGGGCUGCUGAGCGCCUGCACCAUCAUCAUAGGAAACAUAAUUGGCUCUGGGAUCUUCAUUUCUCCAAAAGGGGUCCUGGAGCACUCGGGUUCGGUCGGUUUGGCCUUGGUAGUGUGGGUGCUCGGAGGCUGCAUCUCUGGACUGGGCUCCCUGUGUUAUGCUGAACUGGGAGUUACCAUCCCCAAAUCUGGAGGAGACUACUCCUACGUAACAGAAAUAUUUGGUGGUCUGAUGGGGUUCCUGCUGCUGUGGAGUGCUGUUCUCAUCAUGUACCCCACCACCCUGGCUGUGAUUGCACUCACCUUCUCCAGCUACGUCCUGCAGCCCGUUUUCCCAGACUGUGUUCCCCCCUACAUGGCAACUCGACUCCUGUCCGCCACCUGUCUCAUGUUUCUGACCUGGGUGAACUGUUCCAGUGUCCGCUUGGCCACAAGGAUUCAGGACAUCUUCACAGUUGGAAAGCUCAUGGCUUUGGGCCUGAUCAUAGUCAUUGGCUUGGUGCAGAUCUUUAAUGGGAAUUAUGAAGCUCUGACCCCCCAGGUGGCCUUCUCAAUGAUUACGCCAUCAGUGGGACCAUCAGUGGGACAGAUUGCUCUGGCCUUCUUGCAGGCCUCAUUUGCCUUCAGCGGCUGGAACUUCCUCAAUUACGUCACAGAGGAGGUGGUUGAACCCAGGCGGAAUCUACCUCGUGCCAUCUACAUCUCCAUUCCACUGGUGACCUUUGUGUACACGCUCACCAACAUCGCCUACUUCUCCUCCAUGUCGCCAGAGGAACUGCUGUCAUCCAAUGCUGUUGCUGUAACUUUCGGUGAAAAACUUCUUGGAGUCUUCUCCGUCAUCAUGCCGAUCUCAGUUGCCUUGUCCACCUUUGGAGGCAUUAAUGGCUACCUGUUCACCUCAUCCAGGUUGUGUUUCUCAGGUGCCAGAGAGGGCCACCUGCCCAGUCUGCUCGCUAUGAUUCACUGUAAGAAGUGCACACCCAUCCCAGCCCUGCUGGUCUGUUGUUCUGCCACCAUAGUCAUACUUUGCAUUGGGGAAACGCACAACCUGAUCAACUACGUCUCCUUCAUCAACUAUCUUUCAUACGGUGUCACUAUCGCGGGGCUUCUGUACUACCGCUGGAAGAAACCCAACUUGUAUCGACCCAUCAGGGUAAACCUGCUGGUUCCUGUGAGUUACCUGAUGUUCUGGGCUUUGCUGCUUGGAUUCAGUCUGUACUCAGAGCCAGUGGUAUGUGGUGUUGGUCUGGUAAUCAUGCUGACAGGAGUACCCGUCUACUUCCUGGGUGUCCAUUGGAAAGAAAAACCAAAGUGUAUCUACAGCAUGAUUGAAAAGGCAACGCUUGUGGGUCAGAGGCUGUGUUUCGUGGUUUUCCCUCAGUUCGACCCAAAUGAAAUUGCCAGUCCUUCAGAGUGGACCGACCAGUCAUCAGGCAGGAGCAGCUUCUCUGCAAUCUCAUAAAGCUCUACUCCAUCUGUGCAGAUGUGUCUGUUGUUUUCAGUUUUUGGUUUUUGUGUGGGCAUCUGGUAACCUUCCAAAAUGUCUGGUUUUCUGUAUGGGAUGCCUUUGCUCUUCCCUCUAUAUUUCCUUUUCUUCACAUUUUCAAGUAUAAAAGUCUAAUUUCCAUAUGAAAAUUAUUUUUUUGUUUGUUUGUUUUUGACCAAUCUGUUCUAUUGUCUGCAAUGCACCUGUAACUUUUAGCCAUGUAUGACUGACAGUGUGAGGCAGUUCCUUCCAAAUCCUGUUUGGGUUGUCUCUUGAAGAUUUUUUUGUACCAAGUGCAAAACAGAUCAUCUUUCAAAGACCAUUCGAGAAAAGCAAAUUUACUCAGAAAUACCAGAUAUUAUCACACAUCCGACUCAUUUCCAAACCAAAACUCCAUAACCUUCUUGAAGUUUGAUUUUCUUUCUUGUCAUCUGAAUUCCUUCUCAUUAAUUCACAAUCCUUUGUUGGCAUUUAUCAAAGAAAAUCACCAAAAGACAGAAGAAAAGCAAAAGCCUAGACCAGAGCAUGAUGCAGCAGUUGAAGCCUGUGGCCUUGGGUCAUAAUCAACCAUUUUUGAAACGCAGUGGACUCAGCUAAAUCAUAAAAACUCUUUAUCACAAACGGUUGUGUAUUCAGAAAAGUUCCAAUGAGUAUUUUCUUGUUUUAGGUCACAAAUGUGUCUCAAUUAGAUCUUUAUUUAGCAGUUAAAUACAACUAUCUUUGCGACAAAUUUAGAAUAUUACUCUCUCUCCAUCACAUAUCCCUUUACAUUACACAUUAUACAUUAUAUACAUUAUACAUUAUAUAUAUAUACACACACAUAAGAAGCAGCAGCUUGAUUACAGAAGUAGGGUUUAUAUUUACAGGGUUUUACUUGUAGCAAUCUCACAUCUUAGUGAAAAACUUGUGGUUCUUUGUGUGUGGAGUUUGCGUGUUCUCCCUGUGUGGGUUUUCUCUGCUUCCUCCCACAUUCCAAAAACAUGCUGUAUAAGUUCAUUGGUGUCUCCAAAUUACUCCAAGAAGUGAGUGUGAGGCCUACCAACAGAUUGGUGACCUGUUCAGGGUGCACCCAGCCUUCACCCUACAGUAGCUGGGAUAGGCUCCAGCAACCAUGUAACCCAGAAAGGGCUGAAGUGUGUGAUGGAUAGAUGGAUUUACUUGUAAAAUAUGAUGUUGGUCAAUGUUAGUCAUUUUGUUUAAUUCCCAUGUUUUCUUGAAAUUAAAAUAAAUGAGGAAUUUUGUGUGGAUGAAAUACAGAAACUAAUCAUAGCAUGAAAACCUUGAAAAUAUGCUAUUUUUUUUUUUUUUUUUAUGGAUUAGAUGUUGAUGCAGAUUUUUCCCCACAAGGUUUUAGUCCAUGAAUGCAGCACAUCAGGGGAACUCGUAUAGCAGAUAUUCCACUUGAAAAGUUUAAAAUGAAAAAAACUAUAAAAGUCAUUAAUAUGCUUGGACCAACAGCCAGCAUUAUGUAAUGAACAAUCAAUAAUCAACCCACAAAAAGGAGGCACUUACUUUUUCACGCUUUAAAAUAAAAUAUCCACACACUGUUAACAUAAAUGUACAGCAUUUACUAUAGCAUGAAACAUGCUUAAAAAAGCUACAUUUACCCAGAAUGCAUUGGGUUUUCCCUUUUUUGUCAACAAAUGAAGGUGUUAUGCUGAGUUUUAAGUAAUGGAGAAAAAAGUGUGAUGUUUAUCUACACUGGAGUUUAUUGAUUUAUAUUUUCAUGCUAAUUUAUGAACAUUGUGUUGUUAAGAUUUUUAACUAUGCUUUUGCUGCUAACAACAUUAACUGAUUUACCUUUUACAAACUGCUAUAGAAGAUCAUCAUUUAUCCUCAAACAUGAACCAUAAGUAGAACAGGUUUCAUUUUCUGCGAAACAAAAAAAGAAGUUACUCUCAAUGAGAGAUUACAUUGGGUUUUUUCUAUUGUUGUGUUACUACACACAUGUGCACACACACACAUGUUAACCUUGUGCAUGGUCUGUGCAAUAAACUGUACCAAGCAGUUCAAA